CAGAGGCUCCUGCAGUCCCACAGAGCAGCGGGACCUGAACUGGAAGGAAGGAAUCUGCUCCCAGUUUCUAUCGGUUCAGACCAGUUAGAGCUGCAGAAAGGUUCUCCUCUCCUCUAACUGGGAAUUCUGGGCAGGAUGUCGGACCUUCCAGUCAAUGACCACCUCGCAGGAAUCUUAUCUGAUUUUGAAGCCCUGAAGAGGUCAUUCGACGAUGAAAAUGCAGACGAUCUGAUGUCCAUCACCUCAGCUUCCUCUGCCUCCACCCCCGUCUCUCCCUCCUCCUCCCAUUUCAUCCUUAACCACAAUAAAGCCAUUGUGGAGCAGCGAGGAGGUGGGCAGCCUGACUCCCUCAGAUCUUUGAGUUUGGGUCCCAGCCCCCUGCUGAAGAGCCGUGCCGUAGGCAGCAGCUUGUCCUUCAACAGAGGAACCAUGAACAGGCCGGUCGUCCCAAACAAUAGCUCCUCUGUCACCAGAGCGGCUUCCUUCCAGAGCAGAUUAAACCCCAACUUCUGCUCCACGUCGUCUGGACCCGGCAGUGACAACGACAGCCUUUACAGCUCUACCUCCAGCCUAGAGUACUCCAGCGGUGGCGGCUACACCCUCCCAGCCAACCGGCUGACAUCGUACCACAGCCCUCCACCUCAGAGGGACUUCUAUGGAUCCAACUGGCCUCAGCAGCGUGGAGCGAACAUGGAAAAGUUCUCCUCCCUGGGCGGUGUUUUUAAGCCUGAGGUAGACCAAGACAGCGAGCUGACGCUGCACGUCACAGAGCCGCAUGUCUCCAACCGUGGCACCGUGUCCAUUCUGGACUUCCAGCUCACAGAGGAGCUGACACUGGGAAUGGCAAAGGACGGUGCAGAAGGCAGGAUGUCUCCAGGAAUGAAGUAUGUUGAUGCUAAUGCUAACUGGAAUGGUCGGCCAAGUGGGUAUUCCUCUGAGGAAAGUGGGUCAAAGGAAGUUUACCAGCAGCGCCUGUGGGGCACCAAGAGUCCUCCGACCAAAGCCAAAGAAACUCGACGUCUCAACAAAUUUCCCUUGGAUCUGGACAGCUUGGUAAGCAGCAUCUCACCAACCUCCCCCACGAAGCCGCAGGCGGGACUGAUGAGCCCAAAGGCUUCAAACUGUUCCCAGCAGAGCAGCAGUGAGCUUCAGAACUACAACCUCAGCCCCCCAUCUACAGCUACCAGCCCUUCAGCCUCCCUCCACAGCCUGGACAGUUCCUCUGAAACAUCCGGUCGACUCUACAACCAUCCACGCUCACCCAUCUCUCCAAGCUCUCCCGUUCCUUCACACCAUCCCAUCACCGCUGCAGAGAGGAGCUGCUCUCCUGAGAGCCUCCAUCAGAUGGAUCAUUACUCAAAAUCCCAGGUCGGUCACAUGGUCCUUAAUCUCCACUUGGGUUCUUCUAGCACCUCUGGAUCCAGAGUGGUUGGACCGCUGGCAGAUGGUGAAUGUGACGGCAACGACAGUGUGGACCUGAUCUUACAGAGGAUUGCUUCCUUCUCUGUCCCUGGAACGACUGACAUCAACACAGGACCUGCCGUCCAAACGCCAAAACCUUCUGCUAGGUCGUCAUCCGAGUCGGACGGUCCGACUGAGACCAGAAGCACGACCAGAAGACUGGAGGGGACCAGGAAACACGGAGGUAAGACGGGAAAUAAACUGCAAAGCCUUCACUUUGUUUUCAGCUGUUAUCUCCUCAUGAAGCCAGAGGUGGGAAAUGGAUGAAUACAGGAAUCAAUC